AUGGUUUUUGCAGCUCCAACUGUUCAGUUGAUGUUUAGUUCACACCUAACGAAAUCUAAGGCAGAGAAAUUUAAGGCGCACAUCUUGCAAGCAUUUGAGUCUGUCGUUGGGUCCACGCUGACUAUUGAAAUCAGGUGUGAAUCAAGGAAAGAUGUAAGAUCAGGGAUGCAUGUGCCACUUAUAUUACCAGCAUCUCAGGAUGCUUCAUGUCAGGUGUAUAUAAACCAAGGGAUUCUUAGCAGUGGUGGGGUGCCUAUGGCAGCUCAUGAUGAUAUCUGCCGAAGGGUUGGGAAAUACAGAGAUGGUUUAACCCAAGCCCAGCUAUUGCAGUUUGGCUCUGAUGGAAUGGGAAGGAAUGACAUUGCUGAAAUAGAAGCUUCUCCUAGAGAACAGAAACAUAGUGAGCAUAUUGAUGACAAUGAGCAAUCUGGAAGGAGACAUUUGGAAAGUGCUUGCGUAGGAGAAGACGAAUCUGCACAUAAGACUUCUAACAUGGCGUCUAUCCCCGGAGGAGGAAAACAAAGUGAACCCAAUCAAAGUCAAAGCCUAGUGACAAGCAAGGUGUCCCUUGCACAUGUAAUUCAGCAGCCAGAAGGAUGUACAGCACAAAAUGGAUGGUCAAAACGGAAAGCUGUUUCUUUUGCUGACAAGCUUGAACAAGAGAAUCUAAGAUUGGAACCUAGAUCAAGAAGCCUUCUUUGCUGGAAGGCAUCAAAAGUAACCCAUCGGAAGACUUUCACAAUAAGCAUUGUCCACUUCGAAUUGCAGAAUGCAUGA